AAAGUUUUCUCCCAAAUACAUGUCGUACAUUUCGGCUGAUUGAUUUUUCACAUAUUUUGAUCAACAUUCAAAAAAUAACACCGUGAUAACUGAAGAUUUUGUUUCAAAAUACUGUAACUUAUUAUCUGAACUCGAUUGGAACAUAGUGAAAAAGUUAUUUACUCUUAAUCAUCGAUAGUGUUUCUCACUUUUCCCAUUCCCGUUAUUAGUUUAAUGCCACGUUCUUGUGGCAAUUUAUUGAAUAAAUUGGUUUAAAAUGGUGCUUAUCUUCUAAUCUUCUAAUUUUUAACAAGAAGCAGCCAUGUCUAGCAUGUCAGACCGCAAGGCAGAGCUGGAGCGCAAGAAGGCAAAGCUCCAAGCUCUGAGAGAGGAGAAGGAUCGGCGGCGGCGUGAGAAAGAACAGAAGGAUGCGGAGGAAGCCCUGGCCAGAGCAUCCACCACAUCCAGCCUGGACAGCCGACGCGACCUCGACGAGAUGCUCUCGUCACUGGGCGUGGCUCCCGUGAAGGAUGUGCUGUCAUCACUGUCAUCCAUGCAGUCGCUCACACCCCCACAGACUGCGUCACCAGAAACGAGUCUGCACACACACAGUCCUCCGCAGGCGGGACCGAAGAAAGCAACUCAGCUGCAGAUCAUAUCAGUGCAGUCUACAGACAUUCCACCGAAGGAGAACGUCACCUACGCGAAGCAGACUCAGACCACCACUUCAGGGAUAACUGAAAUCAGAGAUGGCUCUUCCAAUGCGUCACCGCUUGCAGGAUACAUGGAGGACUGGUGGAGGCCCCGCAAAGCACACGCAACCGACUACUACGAUGAGUACAAUCUAAACCCGGGUUUAGAGUGGGAGGACGAGUUUACAGUGCUUACAUUCGACGGCGAUGGCGCUCGGCAAGGGGACGACGACGAUGCGUUCCACGGCAAGCUUCCGCCGGGCAUCCUGCCGCACGGGCUGCCGACGGUCAAGGAGGUUCAGCCGGCGGUCACUGCUGCGCCGCCGGAGAAGAAGGAAGAGGAGAAAGAGAAGAAAGUUCGCGAGCUGAGCGCCGACGAAAAGCACACUAUUAUGCUAUCAGCGGAGUUCCAGCGCUUCAUCACCAAGGCCGGGCGCGUCAUCGAGCGAGCUCUCGGCGAGUCCGUGGACAUCUACACCGACUACACCGGAGGUGGCGAUGGCGAUACCGCGCAGGACGACAAAUCCGACGCGCGUCUCUCCCUCGUCCGCACGUUCUAUGACGAGCGCUGGUCGCGCGGCCGCUGCGUCACCUGCCUCGACUGGUCCGCGGCGCACCCCGAGCUGCUCCUGGCCUCGUACCACAACAGCGAUGACGCGCCACAUGACCCUGACGGCGUGUGUCUCGUCUGGAACACCAAGUUCAAGAAGACGACGCCGGAAGAUGUCUUCCACUGCCAGUCGCCAGUUAUGAGUGCAACAUUCGCCAGGUUCCAUCCUAACUUGAUCCUUGGUGGCACAUACUCGGGCCAAAUUGUGUUGUGGGACAACCGCGUGCCAAAACGCACGCCUAUUCAACGCACGCCACUUUCGUCGCUCGCACACACGCAUCCAGUGUACUGCCUGUCAGUAGUAGGCAGCCAGAACGCCCACAACCUGAUCUCCGUUUCCUCCGACGGGCGUAUGUGCUCCUGGUCUCUCGACAUGCUCUCACAGCCUCAAGAGACCUUAGAACUGCAGCAUCGGCAGAGCAAGGCUGUCGCUGUGACCGCUAUGGCCUUCCCUCACGCUGACGUCAACAACUUUGUGCUAGGAGGAGAAGAUGGAAACAUCUACACUGGUUGCCGUCACGGCCAACGCGCUGGUGUAACUGAUAUGAUGGAGGGCCAUGCGGGCCCCAUAACUGGAGUAGCAGCUCAUCAGGCAGGCGGCGCUGUGGACCUGAGCCAUCUCUUCCUCACGUCUUCCAUGGACUGGAGCGUCAAGCUGUGGAGUCUCAAGGAGAACAAGGCCUUGUACUCGUUCGAGAACAGCGGCGACUACGUGGUGGACGUGCGCUGGUCGCCCACGCACCCGGCUCUGUUCGCGGCCGCCGACGCGCUGCGGCUCGACUUAUGGAACCUGAACCGCGACACUGAGGUGCCGGUAGCGUCGAUCCAGUCGGAAGGCGGCGCCUUCAACCGCGUGUCGUGGACGCCGAGCGGCGCGCACCUCACGGCGGGCGACGACGCCGGCAAGAUCUCCGUCUACGAGCUGGCAGAGAGCGAGUACCAGCCGCGUCACGACGAAUGGACCAAGUUCGUGUACACACUGCAGGAGCUGCGCAACAACCAAGCGGACGAAGAAACUGACCGUCUCAGCCUGGCCAGCGGCCCGCCCAGCCUCACCAGUCUGGCCAGCAACCCGCUCCGAUAAACAGUCUCUCACCUUCCUGCUGUAGGUCUAGUACUUCAGGUCUCCAAGAGACGAACUAUACGUUACUGUCGAGCGAUAGCGAUGAGAUAUAUCGUACUCUUGGUUGUUUGUCAAUCCGCGGCAAGAGUAACGUGAGUCACGAUUUUAUGGCAUGUUCCAUUUAUUCACGAUGCAAGUUCAAGUGAUAUCUCUCUAAAUAAGUGUUACUUUCCCGUUGUAUGCAUAAAUCCUUUAAUUUGCAUCUGUAAUUCAAAUAAACAAUCAAUGAAGUCGUAACUCACGUUACUUUUACGUGCAUUCAUCCUUGUAACAGAAGAGAUUAUUCCUUAUUCAAAUGUUUGUUGCACGC